CGAUGGGUAGCAUGCCCCUAGCCUGCUGCGCUCAGCUGAAACCUGAAUGCUCUCUCAUUCAAACUUCUCGGGUGGCGGCAGUGUCGCUGGCAGCGCUGGUCUUCCGCGCCCGUUCCAUCCCCUGCCCCUCCUCCCCGGUCCCAUGAUAGCAGCGUGAGCGUGCCCCCUGAUCCACCAUGUAUCUGUACUCGCUGACCCUGCAGCGGGCGCAGGGGAUCACGACCGCGGUCUACGGUAAUUUCAGCGGGACAAAGGGCGCGCAGGAGAUAGUGGUGUCGCGGGGCAAGGUUCUGGAGCUGCUGCGACCAGACGAAAAUGGGAAAGUGCAGGUUGUGCACUCGGUGGAGGUAUUCGGGGCGAUUUGCUCGCUUGUGCAGUUCCGGCUGACAGGUGCGCAGAAAGACUAUGUCAUCGUCGGGUCCGACUCGGGCCGCAUCGUGAUCCUGGAGUACAACAAGGAGAAGAACGCGUUCGACAAGAUCCACCAGGAGACGUUUGGCAAGUCCGGAUGCCGCAGGAUUGUUCCGGGCCAGUACGUGGCAGUGGACCCCAAGGGCCGUGCAGCCAUGAUCGGCGCCGCCGAGAAGCAGAAACUCGUCUACGUCCUCAACCGUGACAACGCGGCCCGGCUCACCAUCUCGUCUCCCCUCGAAGCGCACAAGUCGCAUACCAUCGUCUUCUCUCUCGUCGGUGUGGACUGCGGCUUCGACAACCCCAUCUUUGCUGCGAUCGAGCUUGACUACGCGGAUGCUGACAUGGACCCCACGGGACAGGCAGCCGCUGAAGCACAAAAGCACCUCACCUUCUACGAACUAGACCUGGGGCUCAACCACGUCGUCCGAAAAUGGUCCGAGCCCGUCGACAACGGCGCCAACAUGCUGGUAACGGUCCCGGGCGGCGCCGACGGCCCGGGAGGCGUUCUUGUGUGCGCCGAAAACUUCGUCAUCUUCAAAAACCAGGGGCACCCGGACGUCCGCGCGGUCAUUCCGCGCCGCUCGGACCUGCCCGCGGAACGGGGGGUGUUAAUUGUCUCAGCGGCAAUGCACAAGCAGAAGGGGCUGUUCUUCUUCCUGCUGCAAACGGAGUACGGGGACAUCUUCAAGGUGACGCUCGAGUACGAGCAGAAGGAGGGGACGGUCUCGGAGCUGAAGAUUAAGUACUUCGACACAAUCCCGACGGCCGCGGCCCUGUGCGUGCUGCGCACCGGGUUCCUCUUUGCGGCGUCCGAGUUCGGCAACCACGCGCUGUACCAGUUCCAGGGCAUUGGCGACGACCAAGACGUCGAGUCCUCCUCCGCAAACCUAGUGGAAACCGACGAAGGUUUCCAGCCCGUCUUCUUCUACCCGCGCCGCCUCAAGAACCUUGUCCCAAUCGACGACAUCGAGUCGCUCAUGCCCAUAAUGGACUUCAAAGUCGCCAACUUCUACGAUGAAGAGACACCGCAGAUCUACGCGCUGUGCGGGCGCGGCAACCGCUCGAGCCUCCGGAUUUUGCGGCCCGGGUUAGCGGUGACCGAAAUGGCGGUGUCGCCGCUCCCCGGGACGCCGCGCGCCGUUUGGACGGUGAAGAAGAGCGUGACGGACGACUUCGAUUCGUAUAUCAUUGUGUCGUUCGUGAAUGCGACGCUGGUGCUGAGCAUUGGGGAGACGGUGGAGGAAGUCAGUGACAGCGGGUUCCUGGGCACGACACCCAGCCUGAGCGCGAGCUUACUGGGGGACGACAGCCUCAUGCAGAUCCACCCCAACGGCAUCCGUCACAUCCGCUCCGACGGCCGUAUCAACGAGUGGAAGACCCCUGGGCGCAUGACCAUUACGAAAACCGGGUACAACCGUCAGCAAGUCGUCAUCGCGCUCUCCGACGGCAAGCUCAUCUACUUCGAGCUCGACGUGACGGGGCAACUCAUCGAAGUGGAGCAGAAGGAGAUGUCGGGCGAUGUUGCGUGCCUCGACAUCGCGCCGGUCCCCGAGGGCCGGCAGCGCUCGCGCUUCCUGGCCGUCGGAUCGUUCGACUCGACGAUCCGGAUCCUGUCGCUCGACCCCGACGACUGCAUGCAGAUCCUGAGCGUGCAGGCGCUGACGUCACCCCCCGAGAGCCUGCUCCUGCUGGACGUGCAGACCGGCGCGGUCGAGUCGGAGCUGGGCGGGACGCGCUCGGUGUUUUUGAACGCGGGGCUGCAGAACGGCGUGCUGCUGCGGACGGAGGUGGACAUGGUCACCGGACAGCUGUCGGACACGCGGACGCGGUUCCUCGGGCUGCGCGCGCCCAAGCUGUUUGCGACCCAGGUGCACGGCACGCGCGCGAUGCUGUGCUUGUCCAGCCGCCCGUGGCUGGGUUACACGCACCAGGGCCACUUCCAGCUCACCCCGCUCUCGUACGAAACCCUCGAGCACGCGAGCAGCUUUUCCAGCGACCAGUGCCCCGAGGGCGUCGUUGCGGUGGCCGACGAUCAGCUGCGCGUCUUCACCAUCGAACGGCUGGGGGAGACGUUCAACUCCACCGCCGCGCCGCUGCGCUACACGCCGCGGAAGUUCGUGCUCAACCCGACGCACAAGAACGUGGUCGUGAUCGAGGCGGAUCAGGGCGCGCUCACCGCAGACGAGCUCCAGGCGGCGAUCAAAGAGGCGGUGGAGAACAACAACGAGGCGGCGGGGGGAGAUAAAAUGGACGAGGACAAACCGGCGGAGGGGGGGGAGGACGAGGAGAAAGAGGACCCCCUUCCCGAGGAGCAGUACGGGUAUCCGAAGGCGACGGCGGAUUCGUGGGCUAGCUGCAUACGUGUCAUUCGGCCGUUCCCGGAGGCGAAGACGACGUGUCUGCUGGAACUGGAGGCAAACGAGUGCGCGCUGAGUUUGUGUUUGGUGAACUUUCAUGAUAAGGAGGGGCUCGGGACGCUGCUCGCGGUGGGCACCGCGAGGGACCUGCAGUGGUUCCCGAAGCGGGGGGGCAGCGCGGGGUUCAUCCACGUGUACAGAUUUACCGAUGACGGCGACCGGCUCCAGCUGGUGCACAAGACGCAGGUCGACGGCCUCCCGACCGCGCUCGGUUCGUACCAGGGCCGAUUACUGGCCGGCAUGGGCCAAACCCUCCGCAUCUACGACCUCGGCAAGAAGAAGCUGCUGCGCAAGUGCGAAAACAAGCACUUCCCCAACACGAUCGUCUCGAUCCGCACGUACGGCGAUCGGAUAUACGUGGGCGAUAUACAGGAGAGCUUCCAUUUCGUGAAGUAUAGAAAGGACGAGAACCAGCUGUACAUCUUUGCGGACGACGUGGUGCCAAGGUGGCUGACUUGCUCGCUGCACAUGGACUUUGACACCAUGGCGGGCGCGGACAAGUUUGGGAACGUGUUCAUGGCGCGGCUGCCGCAGGAGGUGUCGGAGGAGAUUGAGGACGACCCCACAGGCGGCAAAAUCAAGUUCGAGGCGGGCCGGCUGAAUGGCGCGCCCAACAAGCUGGACGAGAUCAUCCAGUUCCACGUGGGGGAGGUCGUGACCGCCAUGCAGAAGGCCGCGCUCAUUCCGGGGGGCCAAGAAGCGCUCCUGUACGGAACGAUCAUGGGCGGAGUCGGCGCAAUGCUCCCGUUCACGUCGCGCGAGGACGUCGACUUCUUUUCGCACCUGGAGAUGCACCUGCGGCAGGAGCACCCGCCGCUGCUGGGGCGGGACCACAUGGCGUUCCGGUCGGCCUACUUUCCGGUCAAGGAUGUAAUCGACGGCGACUUGUGCGAACAGUUCCCCAUGCUUAACGCAGAAACGCAGCGGAAAAUAGCCGAGGAGCUGGACAGGACGCCGGGGGAGGUUUUGAAAAAGCUGGAAGACAUCCGAAACCGAAUAAUCUAGAGGCGGUCGUUCACAGAAGCUCUGUGAAUAUUGUACGAUACUUGAACUGACCUAAUCUGGCUGGAGUCAUGCAUUUCUUGAAUUCUGGCCGGUGAUGCAACCGCCAAUGCAUGCGGUGGCAUGUCGUUAGAGUGUACGUUGUCAGCUUGAAGCCAUUUGAAUCAACGCAACAAUCCGGAUCCGGAUGCAUCCGGCAGCUGCUAAUUGUGCUUGCAUGGUCC